CAUUCACUGCUCACUCCACUUUUGUUUUUUGUAUUUCGUUGUGUGACUUUUGGUUGUCCGACACUUAUUCCUGCUGAUACUCUUCGGCGUUGUUCUGAGGAGAGCAAAAGUUGAGGAAAAAGCUCAGUUCUGAAAAUGCCAGUGAUGGAAAUGUCCAGCCAAGAAGCGGCCGCUGCGAUCAAGAUGAACGCUCGUGCAGCUCCGUUCGAAGCGCAGCCACCAAAGCAGACGCAGCACCUGCGCCAACGCUCUCGUCGGAGCGAGCGAGGCCCGAUGGUCGAGGUGAAUGUGUUUGAGCUGGCCUUCCGGCGCGAGGUUGUCCGGCAGCGACUUGCAGCGCAGCAGGAGCUUCUUCUCCGCGAGCAAGAGUUCUUCCAGCAGCAGCAACAGCAGCAGCAGCAGCAGCAUCUACCGCAGCAACACCAACAACAGUAUCGACUCCAGUUCGAGCUGCAGCAGCAUCUUGAGCAACAACAACAACAAGAGCAACAACAGUGCGCGCCCGAGACGUCGAGAAUGGAAACGCUCCCCUUGCACCAAACGGAAGCCGCGAUCGCCUAUGCGCAGUUUGGAAUGCCACAAAAGUCGCUGGUUGAAUUGCAGCAAGCCCAUCUCGAACAGCAGCGACAGCAGCUGCAGCUGCAGCUGAAGAGGGAGCAAGCGCAAGAGCUUUUCGCUGCCCGCGCCGCUCUCCACGCCCAGCACCAGCACCAGCAACAGCAGCUGCACCAGCAGAGUCGUGCGGCCUACUACAAUGCAAACAACAACGCCGGCAUGCAUCGCAAUGCGUGGGGUGGUUCUGGCAGAGACGAAGCCGGCUGGGAGCAACAGGACGUCCAGAACGCCAACUUGAACGCGCAUCCGCUUGUGCCGCCACCCUGCGACGACAACGACGACGAACACGACGACGGGUACGACGCCGAGGACGAUGAACCGACUGGAAUGGAUGACGACGACCUUCCUCCACUCGAUCCAAACUCGGUCGCGGGCCAGCGCGUCGCACUUGCUUCCGGUUGUCUUGUUGAGCUUCAGCAAUUCCUACUGUUGAUGCUUGCCGUCUGGAAUCGAAGCAGCCAAUCUGGCGCCACUGAUAACCCUGUAUCGGCGAUCGAGAUUGCUGCAGCCGUCGAACAUGACGCAGUCAUGUCUGUUGUGCAUUUGGCGGAUCACUUGCCCGUGGAGUUCUCGAUUAGUGCACCGAGCGCAAUGCCUCUUGAAGAUCUGGAAGCACUCGUGGCGCGUCAUUUCCAAUCAUGCUCUGGAAAUUCGGCAGUCGUAGCAAUGCUCAACCAAAUGAAAGCCGGGGCUCCUCGGCUGUUGCUUUCGACCCAGGGUAGUCACGUUGUAUUGACGCUUCGCAUUGCCAGUCCCAAGGCCUGCCAACUUGACUCGGAGGUCAUUUACCGAGUGCCGCAGCAGACUCGAACGCUGCGUCAACAACACGACGACAUUUGCACUGUGACGCGGAUGGCACAGCUGUACUCUGUGUUUUCCAACACCACCGCUCCGAACGUCACCUGCACGGUACAAGUCUACCACGAGUUGGAUGUGGCACACGCGGCAUUCGUUGAUCGCAUUGCGGUGCGAAUCCAAGGCAUCUUUGUCGGUGUAGUGGAUCGGUCCCAAAUGAAUGAAAAGACACGCGUCCUGUUCAGCUGCUCUGAAGUCCCGCAAGGAUCAUUCGCACUUGUCGACGUUAUCAUUAGCAAGACCUUGGUCGAGUCGCUGGUGACCGCGUGCGAUCUUCUUGGACUGCUUAAGAACCCGCUCAGCGCAGAUCGAAUUCUUGCACCUCAGAUCGCGCCCGCUGCGGUGCGCGAAAGGUCGCGGCGUCGGAUGAGCGAUAUUCCGCUGGGCGGACUCCCUUCAUCCGUCAAAGCUCUUCCUCACUUUGUUCCCUCGAUUGCCAAUUCCAUCAGCAACAUUCUUCGGAUGAGCAGCAACCUGAACUUUCAGAACGACUGCAAGCAAGCACUGCAGGCUAAUUCCUUCUUCAGCAUUCCCGACAAGCUUCGUAGCGCGAUGGACAAUCUGCUGACAGUGCGUGGAACAAAGCGGCGUCAGUCGCGACGGGAUAGCCGCACCCAUGUUGGAGCAAAGUAAACAAACGACCAAGCUUGACAAUGGCUCACGCCAAACUUGAGUGAUGCUGAGAUUUAUUGAUAAAUUGUGUGUGAUGUGACGCAUAUUGCAUGAAAAAACAAGCAUAACACCAAAUGCCGCUUGUUGCUUAUGCAUGUUUAAGAUUGUGAAUGUACCAAUUGAUUUGCGUGCUCCA